UUGUUCGUAUUUUCACUUAUUCGUUUUUGUGGUUACGUUCGUGCAAACUCUAUUCUUUCGUAGGUAAUUCAUAUUCGGUCUCUUCAAUACAAAAAAUAACUCAAAGACUUCCUCCACAAUUCAAAAACCCAUAAAUGCAUAAAAAUAAAUUAAGAAAGAUUAGAUUGGUCGUAUAUAACUCUCAGAAAUGCAAAAUUAUCAAUAGACGGGGCAUAUAAGUUGUUACCAAUCUGAAUUUUUUGCACGGUUGCAUAAAACGUAAUCCAGUAGUAGUUUCCAUGCUGUAGUUUAUAAAAUUUUGUUUGUAAAAAUUUGCGUCUCUAAAAAUAUUGACAAAUCGGAGGUUGUUCCGAGAACGAAAGGAAAAAUGUUAAAUUGGCGGAACGUCCGGAUGCACUGGAAGAAAGUAGCUUUGGCCUCCUUGCCUAUAGCUUACGGAUUGAAUGCUCUAAAAAGUAAUUAUGAAAUUUCAAAAUAUAUGCGGACAAUUUGCAAUGAGGUAAAAAAUUCAUCCGGCAGCAGCAAGAAUGUACUGGUGAUAUUGAACCCAGUAGCAGAUAAGAAAAAUUCUGAAAAAAUGUUCAGAAGCUUUUGUGAACCUAUCCUGCAUUUAUCUGGUUUUACUGUGGACAUUAAGAAGACGAAACAUGUUGGCCACGCAAAAACGCUUGUCGAGUCCUUAAUUAGCUUACCGGAUGUUAUUAUUGUGGCAGGAGGUGAUGGCACUUCAUCUGAAGUUGUGACUGGGUUAUUGCGCAGAGGUGUGCCACCAUGUCCAAUUGUUUUACUUCCAUUAGGAGAAAAAAGCAAUACAGCCUUGAGAUAUUUACAGCAUGUGCCAAGUUCAAAACUUGAAACGGUUAAAUGCUUAAUUAGCAGUCUGCAACCAUUAAUCGAAGAUCGAACGCAGUUCUGCAAUGUAGUUAAGUAUGAUAUAAUCGACAGUGAUGCACAUGAGGUUCAUAAGCCAAUAUAUGGCUUGCAAAACUUUUCGUGGGGUCUGCUACGGGAUAUUGAAGCGAAGCAAUAUAAAUAUUGGUAUUUUGGAUACUUAAGACAUCAUGCAGCCGCUUUAUUUAAUGCAUUUUCCGAUAAACUCCAGUGGAACAUUAAAGCGAAGGUAGUGCUUACACCGCCAUGCCCAGGAUGUUCAAAUUGUAAAACGCUAACUAAUCAAAAACCAAAAAUUUCUUUUGCAAGUUUUUACACAACGAGAUCAAUUAGCGAAAAAUCAACAAAUUUUAUUAACGAAUUUUGUAAAGUGGAAAAAAGUGAAUAUGUUGAAAUGAAUCAAAUCGACAUAUCCUGCAUUAAGAACUCAGAUUCGUUUUUCGAGCUUAAGACGGAUUUAGUGAAAUCAUUGACUCCAGGUUUCAAUUUCCUCGAUAAUAUUUCCAAAGUUGUACAUCAGUCAGUUGAACCAGCAAUAUCGUUAAGGAGUCGUACAAUAAAAUUGUAUCCUUCAAUACAAGCCAGUACAUACUAUAUAGAUGGUGAAGAAUACGACGUCCGUCCCAUUAAAAUAUCUCUUAUACCCAAUGCAAUUAAAUUAUUCUGUUAAUUUUUUUUUCAUACAAUAUGUGAAGACCAUAAGAUGCUGGUAUUCGAUAACCUGGA